UGGGGCCGUGUCACGUGGUCAGGGAGGCGGAGGGGCCUUCGCAGCCGCUCGACGACUAAAUUGACGAAAGUCGCCGUUAAGGUUCCUCAAGACACAUUUGGAAAAUUUACAUAUUUACGUUGAGAAUGAUUGAAAUUAUCAUUAUAAAGGUAGAUGACCCUGGCUGUUUCUGGGGCAGGAUAACACAUGGCUCCAGUGAUCUUUCUGGAAAUCCAGAAGAGUAUCAGAUACUGCAACAACAGAUGAACCAGCUAUACCAGAGAGGGUAUGAAAAACUGGAAGAAUUUAAACUUCCUAUUCUGGAACAGGGACAGAUUUGUGCGAUUUAUUGCCAUGAACUGAAAUGCUGGUGCAGGGCAAUACUAGAAUCUCUCAUGUCAAGUGGAAGUAGUUAUCUUGCAGAAUGUUUCCUUGUUGACUAUGCAAAGUACAUUCUGGUGAAAGUCAAAGAUAUACGGAGGGCAAUUGAUACAUUUUGGAAGCUCCCAUAUUGUGCUAAAAAAUUCAUGCUCUUUGGUAUACAGCCAGUAACAUUGCAUGUUGAUGUUUACAAGGAUAAAGCAAAAAUUGGACCAGCAAGAAAAUGGGAUAUUGCUGCAAUUCAGUAUUUUAAUAAAAUGGUCCAAGAAUCUGAAGUUGUUGAAGCAAAGUUGCAAGGUGUUGUUGAAGACAACUUUGCAGUUCAACUGUAUCUCACUUUGAAUGAUGAUAAGGUCUGCCUCAAUGAUGAUUUAGUAGCAAAAUUAUUUGCAUGCUACACUUCACCAAUAAAGGAAAAUCCAAAUGAAGCAAAAAAUAUGGAUUUAUCACUAGAGGUCUCUUCAACACAAUGCCUGAAGAGAAUAACACCAUCUAAGAAAAAUGCUACUUGUGCUAUUUUAACUCUUUGGCCUGAAAUUAUGCAAGGAACUUCAAGUGCCGUAAUAAAGCGAGGUUCUGUUCACAAAGAGGCAACAGUUCAAUGUCUACAGGCAGAAGAAAGGAACAGUGAUCAAUGCAACAUAACAUGUGAAUCAUUAUCUUCCAGGAAUUCAUUAGAUCCACCUCUGAAAAUGUUUUCUUCUCUGUUGGAGAAAUCGGAAUCCGAUUACAAUAAAACCCGGUUUCAUCUGUGCAAUAGAAUGGAGAAAGACCAGACCAUCCCCAAAGAGUUUGAUGAAACACAAGCUUGUGCAAGGCUUCUACAGUUGCUAAAUCCGGAUCCAUUAUGCACAAGAUAUGAAUCUGAAAUGCAGGUCCAACAGUCGUCACAGAAUGUGACGUUUGACCCAUGGAGCGGAGUUUUGGUACAUUCAUUUGUCAAACUGAGUCCCUGCAAAAGCCUGGAAAUGGCACCUAUUUCUCUGGAUUUGAAAAAGGGGCUGUCCAAGAAUACCUUUGUAGGUCCAAAUAUCGCCCAGGCUUACUGCUGGCCAGUUAUAAGUCGGGGUUGUGAUUUAGUUGCAGUAUCACAGAAAGGAGAUGAUCCUCUUCUAUAUAUCCCUCCAUUGCUGAGCUUUCUGCAAUCAUCAUCUCUAUAUAAUACGCUUUCUAGUCAAAAUCGGCCAUUAGUGGUAAUUGUAUGUCCUGGAUGGCAGAAGGCUCAUUUUACAUGCCAGAAACUAACAGAAUUAACUAGAUUUUCUCGACCUCUUCAUCCAUCAUUGGUUUUAAUCGGAGAAGAUCCUGAAGAGGUGAAGAAUAUAAAGCUUGUUAAAGGAUGUGAAGUAGUUGUUACAACUCCGCAAAGUCUUGUUCGAGUUCUUCAAAAGCACUGCCUAUUUUUUAUUCGGCUCAGCCACUUAGUAUUGGAUGGAGUAAAUAUAUUGUUUGAUGAAGCAGUCAAUGAAAUGGCUACAAUCUUACAGUGCUACAAAGAGGCCAUCAGUGUUCCAGAGAGAGAAUCAACACCACAACAACUGAUAGCUGUUGGAACACAUUGGACGAAGAGCAUGGAAUGUCUGGUUAAAAAAACCCCAAGUGAUCCAUAUAUUAUCAUAACAGCCAUGGAAGAGGCCGCACUAUAUGGAAAUGUGCAUCAGAUGAUACAUCUUUGUUUGGAUUGUGACAAAACAUCAGUUUUGCUAAGUAUUUUGGACUUUGCCUCUGAGACAUCCCUGAAGACUGUAAUCUUUGCUAGUUGUGCUGAGGAGGUGGACCAUGUGUUCAAAGCUUUGGACAGUAAUUCCAAUUACUGUAUGAAGAUCCAUGGGGAACAGAAAUUUCAGUUUAGCAAUACCGUAGAUCAGUGGAAUAAGGAAUUCAGUCCUGGCACACAUGUAAUAUUGGUUACGACUGAUGAAUGUAUUCAGGCCUUAAGAAUCACAGAUGCCACCUGUGUAGUCCAUUAUGGUUUCCCUUCUUCUUGGAAGACAUUUGGAGCUCGCCUGUGUUGCAUGGUUGACAAUUUUGAGAAUCUUAUUGUAGAGGGAUUAACUCCUCAAAGACAAUCAAUUGCACUAAUGACUGAUAAAAAUGCACAUCAGGCAGCUGCUAUUCUGCGCUACUUAGAAAGAACAGAGGCUAAGAUUCCUACAGAAUUGUAUGAAUUUACUGCUGGUUUGAACGACAAAGAAAAUUAUGAAAAAUCUUUAUGUAAAUACCUGAAGAUGCAAGGAGUAUGCAGAAAUAGAAAAUUUUGUAACGAUCGUCAUCGGCUUCACCCAGUUGUAGAUAAGCUACGAUGUCUUACAAUUGGAAAUAACUUACCAUCAACAGGAUAUAUUGAGAUUAUUCCAAUGUGUGUCAAAGAGGCUUCCCGCUAUUUUGGACGAAUAAUAAGUCACAGAAAGAAGUGGACGAAUUCCCCAGUUUCAAUGGAGGAGAACUAUCUGAAGAUGUUGAAAGAUCUGACAGACUUCUAUGCGGAUGAGAGUCAUAGACAACCAGCUAAACAACUGCAAGUGUCUGCUCUUUAUGGAAUUGAGGAAAGCACAUAUAGCAGGGUGCAGUUAAUAUCAUUGCCAGAGGAAGUUGACGAUACAGUUUUCAGCAAUGUAGAAGUAAAGUACAUCGACUGUGGUCAAAUGGCACUAGUCAGGCAGAACCAGCUGCUCCAGCUGCCUGCACACUUUCAGCUUUUGCCAAUGCAGGCUGUGGAAUUUGUCGUAUGUAGAGUGAAACCUAUUGACAAUGAAAUGGACUGGAAUCCACAGAUUUCGAGACCUAUCAAACAAAAAAUCACUGGUAAACUACAUGAAGCUAAAAUUGUCUUUGCUGUUGGUAACACACUAUGGCUGGAUCCUGUGGUCCGUGUGAUAAAGCUGGCUGAUGUGAAAACUACAAUAACUGAAUAUAAUGUUCGCUCAGAGAUCAUGAACUCUGGAUUUGGAACUGAUAAUCCAGAGCACAUUGAAAAGCUAAAAUCACUCUAUCAGAGAGCGGGUCCUAGUUUAUCCAAUGCGGAUUCUGAUAAAGAGUUAAAAUAUUCCAUACUGGAGGAUAAUGGAAAUUACCAUUCAGUCAUUAUAUCUGAAUUUUCCAAUCCACAUGACUUUUAUGUGCAACUAGUAGCGACUCAGAAAAAACUCUGUACUUUGGAGGAUGAGAUUAACCAAACUGCUAUAGAAAAAGAAGCUUUUAUUUCACCAGCUGUUGGUGAUUUGUGCUUGGCAUUCAGUGGAACUGAGAAGAGGUGGUAUAGAGGAAAGAUCCUGUCAUCUGCUGAGACCAAAGGAGAAUAUCAGGUGUUCAAUAUGGAUUCUGGUUCUUGCAAUUGGGUUUCCCUGAACAAAAUUAAACAUUUAGCCAAAGCUGAUUUUAACCUUCCUUUUCAGGCUAUCUGGUGUUCUCUGAAUGGAACAGAGCCUGUGGGAGAUAGAUGUGAGCUGGAGGGUAACAAAUCCAUGCAGAUCACCUUUAAGGGCAAGAAACUUCAAGCUAAAGUUAUCAAACAAAGUAAAAAUGCUGAAACUUGUGCAGUGUGUUACCAUGUGGAUAUGCAAGAUCUUUCUAAUGAAAGUUUUGUGAAGCUAUCAGAAUGGAUUAUAUCUAAAGGGCAAGGUCGAGGGACGCCUACAACUUUAAAUCAGUUAUUUCCUGAAGCGGCUGCAGAAAAUAGCCAAAGCAACUCGGUUGCAGGCCUGUGUUCUUCAGUCUAUGCUCUUUUGGGCAAUAAAAAUUCCUCUUCAUUAAGGGCAACAAUACUGGAAGAGAUAAAAAACAAAGUGCUGCAAUACCCUGUGGAUUAUGCAUCGGAAUUGGGUGAUAUGCGCUACAUGUGUAGGCUGCUGAGAUUCUUACCUGCACCAACAGAACAAGCUGAUCUUGUAGCUGCUAUAAUGUAUAUGGCAAAGCUGAAUAUAAGAAAAUUUGAUGAAAUCAUAGAAGAAAGGGGAAUUUCCACCCUUGUGAACCUUCUCCACGAGUCAACCGAUUCAAUGUUACAAGAAUCUGUUUGUAUUGCACUUGGGAUUCUAGCUGAAAACAGUGAUUUGCGCUCAGCUAUUGCUGACACUGAUGCAUUGAAACACUUAUGUUGGUUGUUAAAAACACCAGCUGAAGAUAGAAUAUGGGAAGCUGCUGUUGGAGCAUUGGCUGCACUUCUUUUCUCAGACAGGGCUUGUAAAGAGGUUGAAGACCAACAAAUUAUUGGGCAUCUUUGCACAAAGCUUCAUGAGUCUGCAAGAGGAGAGGUUUUGGAAAAUGUUCUGAAAACGUUGUGUCACCUGAGUGGCAAACCACAGAAUUUGAACUUGAUGCUGGCAAGUGAACUUAAUUUGACUGUUGACAGGCUUUUAUCAAGCAUACCUUGCCAGGAAGUUUCAUACAAACUCAUGAGUAAUUUGAAGUUUUCCCUGGCAAAUUUAAAUACUGCACAGCAGUGCCUGGAAAAUGAUACAACCCUCAAUCAAGAAAAUUCUGGUAUUAUGGAUGCCACUAGAAAGAGGACAACUCAAUCAAGUAUGGAUCACAAGAGUUUUCACCCUAAAAUAACCUGGUUUCAAAAAGAAGAUUGUCUUGUUCUUAAUAUCAAGUUACGAAAUUUUGCACAACAUGUAUGUGAAUUCAGUAAAUACAGACUGGUGUUCAGUGCCUUUGUUGGUGCCAAAUUGUACCUAGCAGAUUUGGAACUUCAAGGCUGUAUUUUGGAAGACAAGUGCACAUGUGUCAUUAUAAGUGAAGAGCCUGUCAUAACACUGUGCAAAGAAAAGAAAAGUACAUGGAAGCAUCUGCUAAAAUCAAAGAAUCCAAAUGUGACUUUUGAUUUUAAUUAUUUUGAGGAUUUGUCUGAUGAAUCAUUUCUUCCAAUUUUUAAAGAUACUCGGGAAAGGUCUCACAGCGUGAUAGAGCCUGCCGUUGAUGAAUCGGGCUGUAUCACUAGUAGUAGUGACAGUUCUGAAGAAGAUUACUAAAGAACCAGAAGCUGGACUGAAGCAUAUCCUUCACACGGGGCUGGAAGAAGAUUGCCUCAAA